AUGGGAGGAGGAAGAGCUAUGGCGACGGCAGCAAAGGUGGCUGGAAUCGGAGUCUCGAAAAGAAGAUUCAGGGGAGGAUUCGGGUUUGCGGCGGCGGUGUCUUCUCCGGCGAGGGAUGUCCAGKGGAUUCUCAUCCACCUUCUGUUAAGCGUACUAAAGCAUUCUUCAGACGAGGACCUAAAUGGAAAUGAGGCUCCGUUUGGAGCUUCCGUGGAGCUGAUGAUGAUGAUAGUUUAA